UAAUUUAUGAAAAUACAUAGUUAAAUAUUAAAAAAAAAUGAACCAAACAUCGAAACCAAACGUUACCGAUGUUAUGUCAUCGACAAAUUAUCGAUGUUCGACAUCGAUGUUGUAAGCAAAAAAUCGAUGUUUUAAUAACAUCGAUGAUUCUUGCCCAUCUCUAUUACAACCUAACCUCAAAUUGUCACGUUACUUGAGACGUGUUGAUGAACUAGUGCAAAAAAUUAUGAAAGCGUCGUCGUUUGAGGUAAUAGCAGGCAGCUACGAGGAGUUCCUGUUGGGUUUCAACUUCUCACCAAAGGAAGGCCAACUUGUGCAAAGCUUCGCCGCUCACGACCACUCCGCAAGUGUCCGUUGCGUGGCCCUUUCAAGCCCUUACUUGGCUUCAGGGGGCGCCGAUGACCGUAUUUUCAUCUACGACUUGAAAUCGCGAAAACAACAUUGCGCCCUGACCCACCACAAUGCCACAAUAACUUGUCUCCAGUUCACCGAAAAUCACUCACAUUUGUUAAGCGGCAGUUCGGAUGGAGUCUUAGCCAUUGUGCGAGUUGGGAAUUGGCAAUUGGAGAAAGUUUGGGAGAAAGCACACAAGGGUUCGGCGAUUUUAGACAUUGCUGUUCACAGUUCUGGGAAAUUGGCGUUGACUUUGGGGGCGGAUGCACAUUUGUGCACUUGGAAUCUCGUCAAGGGGCGUCAGGCCUAUGUCAUCAACCUGAGCAACAAAUGUAAAAAUGCGAGAAGUUUGGAGAGGAUAGUGUGGGCCCCUGAUGGGGUCAGGUUUUUGUUAUAUGGGGGCAAGUUUACGGAGAUUUGGAGUAUAGAGACUGGGGGCGUGUUGAAUCAAAUUGAACACGGGGAAAAGGUCACAGGGUGUGCCUGGUUGAGUGAUACGAUUUUGCUAGUGGGGCACGAAAAUGGGGAAAUUUCGGUUUUGAAUCUAGAAGACAAUAGUACUGAAGUGUUCAAAGCCCACGAUAGUAGAAUUAAGGGAAUUGCUUUGUAUAAAAAGAGAAUUGUCACGAUUUCAAGUAGUGGGGAAAUUAAAAUUUGGAAUAAGGAUUUUGACGAGUUAGCUGUGACUGAAACUGGAUGUCGGCUUACUUGUCUCUCUGUGGUGCCCCCUAUUAAAAUCAAAAAUGAAGAAGAUAUAAACGAAGAAAGUGUCUCUGAAACAAACACAAGCGAAAUUACGCAAAAGAAGAAAUUCUCAAAGGCGCAAGUGGUUGAAGAAGUUGAAGACAAUGAAGUGAUUGAAGUCAGGAAAAAGAAGAAGAAGAAACGAGACUUGGAAGUUGAUGAACAAAAAUUGAAGAAAAAAGUUAAAUAAUGUUAAUUGAAACUCGGUAAAUAUAAAUAUUUUUAACAAACUA